GGGAAUUGCUCGCCUUCAAGACACCUCGACACCUCUUUGCUUUCAACGGGAUUUGGAAAGAUAUAAUGGAAUGUCCACUUGUCGAUUACCAAGAAGAUCCGAUCGAGACCUUUCUACUUCGUGGAAAGCAGUGAUGACGAAUCCGCUGGUCCUUUGAUGCUAAUCCUACUGAAGCUAGGAAACUACGAGACAGAGCACGGCAUGCAGUUGUUCACAUGGACUUGGUCAACCACGCGUAGCUUUACAGGAAUGAAAUUGCAUUUGGAAUUGUGAAUUUGGGGUUCCAAAAGGGCGUGAUUGACAAGAAGGCGUAAUUGACACGAAGGUGUGAUUGACACCUUCAUCGACACAGGUAGGAAUAUGAUGAUGGAUUUGGAAUUACAAUACAAGGUUUGUGCCAAGGGCGGUAGCUCUUGCAAACAUGGUCAUUAUUAACCACUCGUUUGAGCUAUGAGAUAUCCCCAUACUCCUAUGUGGAUACUUGAAUUCUACUACCCCGCGAGAUAUAUAGUUACCAAAGCCGUCCUCUACAUCGAAUAAUCAAGACUAUUUACAUACCUAGAUACAUACGAAAUGCCUCAAACCUCUGUAUACGGCACAGAAAGUGCAGCAAACAAAGCUAUCGGCGGCAUUCCCACUAUCCAUUAUUUCGAUUUCCAAUCCCGAGGUCGAGGCCAAGUAGUUCGGUUGUUCCUCAUUGAUGCAGGAGCUGCAUUCAAGGAUAUUCGGUACACAUUCGAAGAAUGGCCAGAACACAAGAGAAAUGGAAAAGUUGCGGAGAUGAAUCCUACGCGAAAUUUACCUGUGGUUGAGAUGCCGGAAGGGAAAAUCUUGACCCAAAGUUAUGCUAUCGUUAGGCAUUGGUCAAGAUUGCUAGGCGCAUAUGACGGGAAGAAUGAAGAUGAGAAAUAUUGGGCUGAUGCAAUCUGCGAUAUUGUUGUUGAUUGGCGAACCAUUUUCCUUUCCGCUUUUUUCUCUGACAACAAAGAAGAGGAUUAUCCGAAACAUCAACAAGGCAAUCAGAAGAAAUAUCUCAAUGCGAUUGAAACACUUUUAAAGGGCUCGGAGCUGUCAAAAAGGGGUCCUUUUAUAAUUGGCAAAGAAAUCACAUAUGCAGACAUGGCUUUAUACCAAGUACUACAUGAUGAAAGUCUUACCAAAGAUGGACGAAAAGGAUUGAAAGAGUAUCCAAGAUUAGUGCAAUUAGUAGAUGCUGUGGAGGACAGACCAAACAUCAAGAGGUUCUUGAAUAGCGAUGCUUAUCUUGGUUAGAUGUUGAGUAUAUCCAUUUCCGGAUAUGCUUCCUAGCUAGAUUCAAUAAGAAUAACUCUUACAUAAAUUCUCGUGCUUCCACA